UGUCCUAUCCAUUGCAAUGUACUGCCCUUGAGAGAUUCAUGUAAAGGUUAAUUUCCUAAUGAGUUUCCCUGACAUUUAAAGGAAUGUUUUGGAUCGGUGUACGGUGCUUGUGGUCUUCAAGAUAUGUAGAUUUAUGAUUAAAAUUUCAACACAUGCUUUUAAUUGAAUUUAUUAAUGGUUAAUAAUAAAUUAUCUGAAAGACGUGUCACGUCAUAAAUAGUAAAUAAGAUGUCUAUCUUACGUCUUGUCACUGCAUACAAAUGUUAUGCAAAGAAUGUAGUUAUUAGCAGAGAUAGGUGCUUUCCAUACUCUCUAAAGCCAAGAAAUCAUAUACUUAAUAGAGUUAGAAGAGAGUUUAGUGUAACUCUUCGUAAGUUUACUAAAACACGAAAUAAUGAAACAAAAGUCUGGACAUGUUUAAUAUUUGGUCUGGGGGGAUUUGGAGUAGUAACAACUUUUUUUUCAAAAUUAUAUACCAAUCGUGCAAUAUGUGAGAGAAACCGAACAAUUGGAUCCGUAAAGUCUGAUAAUCAGGAACAGCCUUUUAAAUGGCGAGCGUUUUCAAGAUAUCUUUAUCCACACUUUUGGGAGUUAUUAAUUGCUAUAACAAGUGCAUUCAUAGUUGCUAUUUUGAAUAUAUGGAUACCACAAUGCGUUGGAGGGGUGGUUAAUGUAAUAGCAACAUUUGCUCGAAAGGGUUCAAGUAAUGGCUUCAAUGAUGAUUCCAUGAUCAACAUUCUAAAGCAGCUGUCUGAACCUGCAUUUAAGUUGGCAUGCAUGUAUGUAGCUCAAGCUGUUUUUUCUUUCGUGUAUAUUUAUACGCUUUCUGGAGUUGGGGAGAGAAUUGCAAUGAGGCUUCGGCAAAAUUUAUUUAAAUCAAUAAUUAUGCAAGACAUAGCCUUUUUCGAUAAAAAUCGCACCGGAGAAAUAGUUAAUCGAUUAACUAGUGACAUACAGGAUUUUAAGAGUGCAUUCAAGAUGUGUAUUUCACAAGGAUUAAGGUGCAUGACACAGAUAGUGGGUUGUGUCAUUUCUAUAACAGUGAUAUCACCACAGCUCACUGGUUUUAUGGUAAUUUGCGUGCCAACAGUGAUACUUGUCGGCACGAUUCUUGGCAGCAGUUUGAGAAAAUUAUCAAAAGAUGCCCAAAAUCAAACUGCAAAGUCAACAGCCGUGUGUGAAGAAGCAAUUAGCAACAUACGUACGGUACGAGCCUUUGCUGCUGAAGAGAGAGAAAUUGAAAUGUUUUCUCACGAGAUUGAAUUGGCUUCGCAGCUACAGGAACAAUUGGGGCUUGGUAUUGGUCUCUUUCAAGCAGGAACUAAUUUGUUUCUUAAUGGAAUUGUACUUUCUACGUUAUACUUUGGUGGGCACUUAAUUUCCACUGGUCAAUUAAGCUCAGGAGAUUUGAUGGCUUUUCUGAUGGCCACUCAAACCAUACAAAGAUCCCUUACGCAAUUGUCCUUGUUAUUUGGCACCUAUGUCAGAGGUAUAAGUGCUGGUUCGAGAGUAUUUGAGUAUCUAGAGUUGCAACCAACAUCGCUAAUGGUUGGUGGCGAAAUAAUCAAAGAUCGAUCCUUCCGUGGGAAUAUAGUUUUCAAAGACGUAACAUUCAGCUAUCCCACCAGAACAGAUCAUCCAAUUUUAAAAGAUUUUAAUUUAAAUAUUCCUGCUGGAAAAAUGAUUGCUAUUGUCGGUUCAAGUGGAAACGGAAAAUCAACUGUAGCUGCAUUACUUGAAAGGCUGUACGAUAUUGAUAAGGGUGCUAUUACGAUCGACGGUAUAGACAUCAGAACUUUAAAUUCUAGUUAUUUGCGGGGUGAUGUUUUAGGCUAUAUUAAUCAAGAACCUAUACUCUUUGCAACUAGUGUUAUGGAGAAUAUCAGAUAUGGGAAACCUGAUGCUACAGAUGAAGAGGUAAUGGAAUCAGCAAAAGAAGCAAAUGCUCAUGAAUUUAUUAUGAACUUCCCAAAUGGCUAUGAUACUCUUGUUGGUGAAAAAGGUGCACAGCUUUCCGGUGGGCAGAAACAAAGAGUCGCCAUUGCCAGAACAUUGCUGAAGAAACCAUCUAUACUGAUUCUGGAUGAAGCUACUAGCGCUCUGGACUACAAAAGCGAAAGAGUCGUCCAAAAAGCAUUGGAGAAUGCAGCAAAAGGCCGUACUGUUUUAGUUAUAGCCCAUCGAUUAAGUACCGUUAAAGCUGCUGAUAUCAUAGUAGUGUUACAAAACGGUGUUAUUGUGGAGAUGGGUACACAUACUGAACUGAUUAAAAGGAAGGGGUCGUACUACAACUUGAUUAAUCAACAAGGAAAAAAUAACGAGAAUCAGCAUAAUUGAUAGAAGCCAGAAAGAAACUGUGACAUUGAAUACCUAAUCACGAAGCGAAUCAUACAAACAAGCAAUAUUUCAACGAUUCAUCGAUGAAAUUCUUAGAUACAUUUGUUAUAAAUUAUAAGACAUCUUGUAUGUAUAUAUGAGUAAUAAACACAAGGUGUUUGGAAUAAUAAAAUGUAUAUAAAUGCCAA